AUGUCUCCUUCACAAAACGAGCCCAUUGCCAUUGUUGGCAACGCCUGUCGAUUCCCUGGGGAUGCCACAUCCCCUUCCAAGCUAUGGGAACUGCUCAAGGAGCCGCGUGAGGUGGCCCGGCCCAUCGACCGUUUCGCGGCCUCGAGCUUCUAUCACCAAAAUGGUCACUACCACGGCGCCAGCAACGUCCGUGAGGCCUACCUUCUGUCCGAAGACCCCUGCUACUUCGAUGCUCAGUUCUUCAACAUCCCCCCUGGUGAGGCCGAUUCCAUCGACCCCCAGCAGCGCACAGUCCUCGAGACGGUAUACGAAGCCGUCGAAUCCGCUGGCCUGGUGCUCGAGGACCUGCGUGGCUCAGAUACGGCCGUCUACGUCGGUGUCAUGUGUGACGACUACGGCAACAUUUGCUACGUCGACCAGGAGGCGGUUCCCACCUACGCUGCCACCGGCACGGCCCGUAGCAUUCUGUCCAACCGUGUCUCUUUCACCUUCGACUGGCGGGGUCCGUCGAUGACCAUUGACACGGCCUGCUCGUCGUCCCUGGUCGCUAUCCAUCAGGCGGUUCAGGUUCUGCGCAGCGGAAACUCCAACGUCGCCGUGGCCGCCGGUGCCAACUUGAUUUUCAGCCCGAACAUGUUCAUCGCCGAGUCGAACCUUAACAUGCUUUCCCCCACGGGCAAGUCCCAGAUGUGGGAUGCUAAUGCCGACGGUUACGCCCGUGGUGAGGGUAUCGCCGCUGUUAUCAUGAAGCGUCUGUCCGACGCAAUCAGGGACGGUGACCACAUUGAGUGCAUCAUUCGCGAGACGGGCUGCAACCAGGACGGUCACACUCCCGGUAUCACCAUGCCCAGCCAUGAGGCUCAGACCAAGCUGAUUCGCGACACCUACCGUCGUGCCGGCUUGGACCUGAGCAAGCCCGAGGACCGUCCUCAGUACUUUGAGGCUCACGGCACUGGUACCAAGGCUGGUGACGGCGUCGAGUCCAAGGCCAUCUACCACGCCUUCUUCCCCGAGGGUCAGGCUACUGACGAGAGUCUGUGGGUUGGCUCCAUCAAAACCAUCAUCGGCCACACCGAGGGUACCGCCGGUAUCGCCGGUGUCAUGAAGGCCUCCCUUGCCAUCCAGAACAAGACCAUCCCGCCAAACUUGCAUCUCAAGACCCUCAACCCAGAGAUUGUCCCGUACUACGGGAAGCUGCAAAUCGCCAAGACUGCGCAGGACUGGCCCGCACUGCCCGCCGGCGCCGUUCGCCGUGCCUCCAUCAACUCCUUUGGUUUCGGUGGCACCAACGCUCACGCCAUCAUUGAAGCGUACGAGCCCGAUAUCUCUCCCGUGCCGGCUGAGCCUGCAGCCAAGGCUGCUAUCGCCUUGCCCCUCACCUUUUCUGCCACCUCAGAGAAGUCUCUCACCAACCUCAUGGCCAAGUACCUAGAGUACCUGACUGAGAACCCCGAUGCCGACCUCACCAGUCUGGCCUUCACCCUGCACGACCGCCGUUCCACCUUUGCGUACCGCAGCCACAUUACUGGCCAGUCGAUCGAGGAGAUCUUGCCCAAGCUACAGAACGCUGUUGAGGAGCAGGAGUCUGGCAACUCGGCCAGCAUCGUCCGCGGUACUUCAGCCAAGAAGCACCUACUCGGUGUCUUCACCGGUCAGGGCGCUCAGUGGGCGACCAUGGGUCGUGAGCUGAUCCGCGCCUCCAAGCUCGCCCAGGACAUCAUUGGCAAGCUUGAGCAGUCCCUCGCCGAGCUCCCUGCCUCUGACCGCCCGUCCUGGUCUAUCAUGGAGCAGCUGAUGGCUGACCCGGCCCAGUCUCGCAUUGCUGAGGGUGAGCUAUCCCAGCCGCUGUGCACGGCCGUUCAGGUCGUCCUGGUCGAGGUGCUCAAGCUGGCCGGCAUCACUUUCGACGUUGUCGUCGGCCACUCCAGUGGUGAGAUUGGUGCCGCGUAUGCCGCCGGAUUCUUCAGCGCCACUGAUGCCAUUCGCAUUGCGUUCUACCGUGGUCGCUACGCCUUCAUGGCGAAGGGUCCUGACGGCCAGAAGGGUGGUAUGUUGGCUGUUGGUACUACUCUUGAGGAUGCUCGCGAGCUUGUCGAGCUCCCCGCUUUUGAGGGUCGCGUCUCCGUCGCCGCAUACAACUCCGACGCCAGCGUCACCCUCUCCGGUGACCUUGAUGCCAUUGAGGAGGUCAAGGAGGUCUUGGACGACGAGCGCGUCUUCAACCGUCAGCUCAAGGUUGACACCGCGUACCACUCGCACCACAUGAUCCCCUGCUCCGCCAAGUACUAUGAGGCUCUUAACAACUGCAAGGUUCAGAUCCUCAAGCCCUCUGGUGAGACCAAGUGGUACUCGUCUGUGUACGACGGCAAGCUGAUGGAGCCUUGCGAGGAGCUCAAGCACACUUACUGGGUCGACAACAUGGUCAACAUUGUUCUGUUUGCUACGUCCCUUAAGUCUGCUCUCACCAAUACCGUACCUCAGCCCACCCAGGUCAUUGAAGUCGGUCCCCACGCCGCCCUCAAGGGCCCUGCCUCCAACGUUAUCGAGGAAGUGGUCAAGGCUGCGCUGCCUUACACCGGCACCUUUACGCGUGGCCAGAACGAUGUCAAUGCCGUGGCCUCUACCCUUGGUUACCUGUGGGCCCAGUUUGGCCGCAGCUCCGCCGACUGGAAGGCUUACUCGCAGGUGUUCUCCUCGAGCAUUCCUACCAUUCUCCAGGAGCUUCCCAGCUACCCCUGGAACCGCGACCGUCUGUUCUGGUACGAGGCUCGCAAGUCGCGCGUCAACCGCCUUCGUCACGACCCCGCUCAUGUCCUGCUCGGUACACGCACCGACUCCAUCAAUGAGCGCGAGUACCGCUGGCGCAACUACAUCAGCUCCAAGGAGAUCCCCUGGCUCUCUGGCCACAGCAUCCAGGGCCAGACCUUGUUCCCUGCCGCUGGUUUCCUCUUGAUGGCUGUUGAGGCUGCUCGCAUCGUCGGCCGUGACCAGGCCAUCCACGCCAUUGAGCUGCAGAACUCCCAGAUCCACCGUGCCCUGGCUGUCAACGAGGACAAGGGUAUCGAGACCCUCUUCACUCUGUCCAAUGUCACUUCUGUCCAAACGGGUGCAGACACCUCUACUGUCACUGCCAACUUUGCUUGCGAUGCCUGUCUGCAGAAGGGCUCUGAUGUCUUCACCUCUAUCGCCAGCGGUAAGCUCAUCAUGAGCCUCGGCACUCCCUCUUCCUCGGCCCUGGUCGAGUACCCCAAGGAGGCUGGCCUCGGCAUGCUGGACGUCAAUUGUGAGGAGUUUUACGCCUAUCUCGCCUCCAUCGGCUACAACUACGCCGACCUCUUCAAGGGUAUCACCUCCAUGAGCCGAUGCUGUGACCUGGCUCAGGGUGAGAUCAUCACCUCUACUGCCAGCCAGAGCGGCCCCAUGGACGAGUUCUUGCUGCACCCGUCCACUCUUGACGUUGCCUUCCAGGCUAUCUUUGCCGCGAUUAGCUAUCCCGGAGACGGCGCACUGUGGGCUCUGCACAUUCCCACCACUAUCCGCCGCGUCGUCAUCAACCCUGUCAUCUGUCCGAUGAAAGGCGGCCUUGACGAGAAGGUUCGCUUCUCGGCUACCUCCAACCGCGCUGAUGAUGGUACCUUCUCCGGGAGUGUUGACAUCUUCCCUGUCCACAGCGACCACUCCCUGUGCCAGGUUGAGGGAAUGCAGGUCAGCCCCGUGGCUCCCCCUACAGCCAAGGACGACCGCCACAUGUUUGGCCACACUAGCCGCUGGCUUAGCACUCCUGACGCUGAGGCCGUGGCCAAGCCUGUCUCAAUCACCACCGAUCAGGAGCAGGAGCACCAGCUUCUCGACCGUCUCGCGCACCAGGAGCUCCGGAAGAUGGUUGCCCCUGGGAACUCCGAGCAUGCGCAUCUGCGUACCUGGGCCCAGGGUGUCCUUAAGGUUGCUGGCACUGACGCCUCCGCUGAGCAGAAUGACAGAUCUAACGCCAAUGUUGAUGAGGCUUCCGCUGGCGACCUUGCUGUCCUCAAGGCCCUUGGCUCGGGCGAGUCCGGCUUGCUGAACAAGUUCUAUGCCUCGGCGUUCGGUGCUGCUGAGGCUCGUAGCUCUUUGAUCUCGCUUGUUCACCAGAUCUCCCGCCGCUACCCUCACAUGCGCAUUAUGGAGCUCAGCGCCGGCAACGGUGCCGCUACCAAGCCUCUUCUGGAGACUCUCGGUGCUUUGUGCUCCGCCUACACCGUCACUGACUCGACUGAUGAGCACUUCGAGGCCCUUCACAAGGAGCACGGUGAUGACCUCUUCACCCAGACCCUCGACUUGGACCAGGACCUCGAGGAGCAGGGCUUCUCUGCCGCCAGCUUUGAUCUUAUUAUUGCCCCCGCCGGCCUCCACAAUGUGCAGGACCAUGCUCAGACCCUCCAGAAGCUGCGUUGGCUUACCAGACCUGGUGGUUUCCUCUUUGUCCAGCAGAUCACCAACGCCAGUGCUGCCCACGUCCGCCUGACCGUGGCCAGCUUGGCGUCGCAGACUGAGGUUCCCGAGCUGUCUGAAUACGAUGCUCUGCUUCAGGAUGCUGGCUUUUCCGGCAUCGACUCUGUCACUCCGGACUCCAUCAGCCCCUUCAGCGUCUUCGUCUCUCAGGCCGUCGACGCUCAAAUCAACGCCAUCCGUGCUCCUCUGACUGCCGGUAACAAGACAACCAUUGACCAGAUUCUCCUCAUCGGUGGUCGCCGCUUCCAGACCUCUCGCAUGAUCCACAACAUCAAGAACGCCCUCGCCCAGUACUGCGGCAACAUCACGUCCAUUCAGAGCAUGCAUGAGCUCAAGUCAUCCAUGCUGGCAUCUAGGCCUCUUGUGCUUUCGCUCACUGAGCUCGACGAGCCCUUCUUCCAAGAUCUGACUGACCAGAAGUACAAGGCCCUGCAGACUCUGUUCUUCCGCUCACGUUAUAUUGUCUGGGCCACGCGCGGUGCCAACGGCGACAACCCUUAUGCCAACGUCAUGAAGGGUGUCGUCCGCUGCUUGUUGAUCGAGAUUCCUCACCUUCACUGCCAGAUGUUUAACAUCGAGGGCAAGGUCAAGAUCGACCAGCACGCCACCGUUCUGGCCGAGCAGCUGCUGCGCCUGCACAUUGCUGACGGUUGGAAGGACAAGAUCCCCGCUUACAGCGCUUUGUGGACCUCGGAGCGCGAGCUGAUGCUUCUCGACGACAAGCUCCACAUUACUCGCUACGACUCCGAGGCCGAGCUCAAUGACCACUACAACGUCUUGCGUCGUCGUGUUGUGGCUGAUGUCUCCACCACUGACCGCGUGGUCGCCAUCACUGCCGAUAAGAUGCUCCAGCAGUUCCGCCUUAACCCCCAGGCUCCGAUUGGUGUCGAGGAGGCCAAGGUCUCCGUCAAGGUCGAGAAGUCCCUGUCCACCGCCUUCAAGGUUGGCGAUCUCGGCUACUUCUACCUCAGCAUCGGCACCAACAAGGAGACUAGCGAGACUGUCCUCGCGCUGACUGACCAGCACCAGUCUCUUCUCACCGUUCCCGAGUCCCGCCUCCUGGUCGUAAAUGUCGCUGCCAAUGAGCGUCGCACCCUGCUCGUUUCUAUCGGUGCCACGCUACUUGCCUCGGCUCUCCUAGAGAAGUCCACUUCCCGCGAUAGACUCGUCUUCCACGAGGCGCCCGUCGUCGUGGCCGAGCUUCUCCGCGAGAAGGCCCGCAAGACAGGCGCCCAGGUCGUCUUCACGACCACCAGCAAGGAGACCACUGGUUACUGGCAAUACGUCCACGCUUACACGCCCGGUCGUGACCUGAGCAGGCUAGUACAGGCUAACACGAGCCUGUUCGUCAACUUCUCUCCCGCUAGCGAAGGUAGCGAGGUUGUGAACCGCCUUAAAGCCCAGCUGCCGUUCCGCGCUCGCUGCCGCACUCUCUCAGAUUACCUCCCUUCGCAGUCCGUCCUCUACUCGGAUACGACCCAGGGUGAACUCGCCAAGGCCCUUAAGGACGCCCAUGACAAGGCUGUCUCUGAGGCCUCGUCGGUUGCCUUUGGCCAGGUUGCCAAUACCUUUGUGCAGCAGCUUGCCACUAACCAGACUCUAGGUGAGCCCCUGACCACCAUAGACUGGACUGACCCUACUCCUUUCCUUGCCAACUUAACCCUCGCCAUGGACGAGGUGCGGUUCCGAUCUGACCGCACCUACUUCCUUGUUGGUAUGACUGGUAGCUUGGGUUUGUCCACCUGCGAGUUCAUGAUGGAGCGCGGUGCCAGGCACUUUGCCCUGUCCUCCCGUCGCCCCAAUAUCGACCAGCGCUGGCUGGACAAGGUCGAGACCAACUUUGGCGCCUCGGUCAAGGCGUACCCGCUUAACAUCACCAGUCGCGAGAGCUUGCAGGGCGUGUACAAGGAGAUCUGCACGACCCAGCCCCCGAUCGCGGGUGUGGCCAACGCGGCCCUAAUUAUGCGUGAUGGUCUCUUCAUGGAGUCCAAUGCGACCACCAUGAAUGAGGCUUUGGGCCCCAAGAUCGAUGGUACCGUCUAUCUGGACGAACUGUUUGCUAACGUCGAUCUCGACUUUUUCAUCCUCUUCUCCUCACUGGUGUAUAUCACUGGCAACAUUGGUCAGACCUCUUACGCUGCCGGCAAUGGUUUCAUGGUCAGCCUGGCCCACCAGCGUCGCCAGCGCGGCCAGUGCGCCAGUGUCAUGAACCUGGGUGGUAUCAACGGUAUUGGCUACAUCACCCGUACCGACCACAACAUUCUCAACCGUUUGGACAUCAUGGGCUACGGUAUCAUGUCCGAGCUCGACUACAAGUACUUCUUUGCCGAGGCGGUCAUGGCCGGUCCUCCCGACUCCGGCCGCGACCCCGAGGUCUCUGCUGGUCUCAAGUUCGUCAACCCCAAGACCGACAAGAACCCGCCCAAGUGGUGGGAGGACCCCAAGUUCAGCCACUACGUCAUUGACAAGAGCGCUCGCGAGGGUGGCAACAAGGGCGCUGAGGGUGCCCUGUCUACAAAGGCCCAGCUGCAGGAGGCUGCCACCGACAAGGACGCAUUCAAUAUCAUCCUGACGGCCCUACAGGCCAUGCUUCACAAGAAGCUCGACCUGCCGCCCUCGGAGAGCGUCCUGUCCGAUGUUGCCAUUGUCGAGAUGGGUGUCGACUCUCUCGUCGCCGUCGACAUGCGCUCUUGGUUCAGUAGCGAGUUUGAUCACGACAUUCCCAUCAUCAAGAUUUUGGGUGGUGCCACUCUUGCUGAUCUGGUUGAGGACACUGUUGCCAACCUAUCAACGUCCAUUGCCCCCAACUUGGGCGGCGCCGCCGCUGCCGUGGAGGAGCCCGAGGUCGAUACCGAAACACCUGCUGAGGCUGCCAGCGCUGCUCCCUCUGACGAUGAGCCUAUCUUUUCUGAUGAUGACAGCCCUGCCACCACCGACCUUGAUGAGGGCUCUGUCACUGGGAAGCCUACCGCCGACGAGAAGGUCGAGACUGACGCUGCCGCUGCUGCGCCGGCUGUCGUUCGUCCCGACUUUGUCCGCGUCGAGAAGAUGACCCACGGCUGCUCUCGCUUCUGCUUCCUCCGCCAGUACCUCGAAGAUGCCAGCUGCUUCAACAUCAUUGUCCGCACGCGCCUGACUGGUCAGGUUGACGUGGCUCGUGUUCAGGAGGCUGUCCGCAAGGUCGGUGCCCGUCACGAGGCCCUGCGCACUGCCUACUACGUCGACGAGGAGGGCGAGCCCAUGAUGGGUGUCAUGGCCGACUCCAAGCUCCGGCUCGAAGUCAGCAAGAUUGCCCACGAGAGUGAGGCCGAGAAGGCCCACAAGGACGUGUCCAAGUACAAUUUCGACAUCGAGAACGGUGAGGUCAUUCGUAUGCAGCUGCUGACUGUCGGCCCCCGCGAGCACCACCUCAUCUUUGCCGUCCACCACAUUGCCAUUGACGGCUUCUCCUUCAACCUCAUGAUCCGCGACAUGGACAUGUUCUACCAGGGCAAGCCCGUGCCUCAGAUUGCCUCUCAGUUUACCGAUCUGGCUAUCCAACAGCGCAAGGACAUUGAGAGCGGUCGCCUGCAGGACGACAUUGUAUUCUGGAAGAAUAAGUACACCACGCUGCCCGACCCUCUGCCUCUCUUCCCUUUCCCUGGCGUCGGUCCCCGUCUCCCGCAGACCAAGUACGAGCACGAGGAGGUCGAGCUGGUGCUCGACUCGGCGAUUGCGCAGAAGAUCCGCAUCCUCUGCCGCCAGAAUCGCUGCACCACGUUCCACUUCUUCCUUGCCACGUUCCGCCUCUUCCUCACCCGCUGGCUCGAGGUUGACGACCUGUGCAUUGGUAUCGCCGAUGCCAACCGCAAGGACAUCAAAACUCUAGCCACCGUCGGUUUCCUGCUGAACCUGAUCCCUCUCCGUUUCGGCGGCCUCACGGGCAAGGAGACCUUCUCCACGCUCCUCAACGCUGCCAAGCAGACCUCAUACUCUGCCCUCAACCACUCCGCCCUGCCCUUUGACCUGCUGCUGCAGGAGCUGGAGGUGCCUCGCUCCUCCUCCCACAGCCCCAUGUUCCAGGUUUUCCUGGACUACCGUCAGCUCGCCCUGAAAACGCCUCCCAUGCUCGAGUCCCAGACCGAGGGUGAGAGUAACUUCGGUGCUACCGCCUACGACGUCGUUCUCGACGUCACUGACGACGCCGCCUCGGACAUCACCAUCAAGUGGCAGACGCAGAAGUCGCUGUAUAACGGCCACCACACGCAAGCCAUGAUGGACAGCUACAUGCACCUGCUGCACCAGUGUGCUAAGGGUCCCGUCACCUCCAUCGCCUCCGCUCCCCUCUACCGGGAUGAGCAUGUCACGGCUGCCAUUAAGGCUGGACGUGGCCCCCAGUUUGACAGCCAGUGGCCCGAGACCCUGUCCCUCAAGGUUGACCAAGUCUCUGCCCAGUUCCCCAACGAUAUUGCCCUGCGCGACGGUCUCGGGGACUCGAUGACCUACAAAGCCAUGGACCGCACAGUCGACCAGAUCUCCGAGGAGCUCCUCCAGGUUGGCAUCCAACCCGGUGAUAAGGUCGGUGUUUUCCAGCAGCCCUCGGCCAUGUGGAUCUGCUCCUUGCUCGCCAUCUGGCGCAGCGGUGCCGUCUACGUACCUCUUGACCCCCGGAACGGCUUGCCCCGUCUGGCAGCCACUUGCGGUGUUGUCGAGCCCAGCGCCGUGCUCUGUGACAGCUCCACUGCCGCCGAUGUCGCCCAGCUCGCUCUCCCCGCCAGCGCCAGCACCAUCAAUGUUGACCAGGUCCGUGAGGCGAACGGCUCUCCCACUCGCCGUCCCAACCUGUCCAAGGGUGAUUCGUCUGCCAUAAUCGUCUCCAGCAGUGGUUCCACCGGUGUCCCCAAGGGUAUCGAGGUCCGCCACCUGAGUUUGCUCAACCUCUUCGAGGGUGACAGCCUGAGCUGGAACCUGGGCCGCCCUAACGCCGUUCAGCAGAGCGCCUACAGCUUCGACAUCUCUCUUGACCAGAUCUUCACCUCUCUCGUCAACGGUGGCAAGCUCUACGUCGCUUCCCAGGCCCAGCGCUCCGACCCCCAGGCCAUGGCUGAGCUCAUCGCCAACAACCAGAUCACCUACACCAUGGCCACCCCGUCCGAGUAUUCCAACUGGAUCAACUACGCUGCUCCCACCCUGUCCAAGGCCACGAGCUGGCGCCGCGCCAACGUUGGUGGAGAGGGCUGGAAUGCCACCCUGCGUGACUCCUUUGCAACCCUCAACCUGCCCAACCUCAGGAUCCAAAACUGUUAUGGUCCUGCCGAGAACAGCGUCUGGUGCACUCGUCAGCCCAUUGCCUACCCUGCCGACUCUACUCUCAUCCCUGCCGGUCCUGCUCUUCCCAACUACUCCUUCUACAUUGUGGACAAGCAGCUUAAUGUUGUUCCCACCGGAGUCCAGGGCGAAAUCCUCAUUGGUGGUGCCGGUACCGCCGUCGGCUACUACAAGCGCACCGACCUAACCAACGAGAAGUUCAUCGAGGACAAGAACGCCUCCUCUGCUCACGUUGCUAAGGGCUGGAACCGCGCCUACCGCACCGGCGAUAAGGGUUACCUCAUGACCGACGGCACCCUCGUUGUCCUGGGCCGCAUCACUGGCGACACUCAGAUCAAGCUUCGCGGUUUCCGUAUCGAGCUUGAGGACAUCGAGGCCACCAUUGUCCGCGCCUCCAACGGCGUCCUGUCUCGCGUUGUUGCCAACGUGCGCGGCGAGGGUCAGGAGAGCUACCUGGUCGGCUUCGUUGAGUUUGCUGAUGGCUACCUGACCGACCAGCAGAAGACUUACCUCGCCCAGCUUCUGAAAAAGGUGCCCCUGCCCCAGUAUAUGAAGCCCAACAUGCUCAUUGCCCUUGACGGCAUCCCCCUGAACUCCCACGGAAAGGUUAACAGGCUGGCUAUUGCGACCAUCCCUGUCCAAUCCCAGGUCGACAAUGCCGAGAUCUCUACCGAGGUCACCGACACCGAGAAAGCCAUUUGGGAUCUGUGGCAGGAGAUCCUUCCCCAGUCCGUUAUGGAUGGCGUGGUCAUCGACUCGAACAACGAUUUCUUCCAGCUCGGAGGUAACUCUUUGCUUACCGUCCGCGUCCAGUCUCGCAUCCGCGAGGCUUUUGGCAUAGUCGUUCCUCUCUUCCAGAUCAUCGAGUCUAGCAAACUCUCUGAUUUAGGUGCCCUGCUAGAUAAGCUCUUGGCCAACUCUGGCAUCAACUGGGACCUCGAGACUGCCCUCCCUGAUGACAUGCUCCAGAUAUCUCCCGCUGACGCCUCCUCCAUUACCACCCACAAGAACGCCCAACCCCUGACUGUCAUCCUCACCGGUGCCUCUGGUUUCAUUGGUCGUCACAUCUUAGAGCGCCUCAUCAAGGACUCCAAGAUCGGCCGUGUCCACUGCAUUGCCCAUCGUCCCCUCUCUGACGAGCUGCCCCACCGCCAGAAGUUCAACGCCGUCGUCACUUCCUCGUCCAAGAUCUCCGUACACGAGGGUGAUCUGAACGCUCCUCGCCUCGGCCUGUCCGAGACCGAGUUUGCCGCUCUCGCUCAGCAGGCCGACAUGAUCAUCCACAGCGGCGCCAACCGGUCCUUCUUCAGCACCUAUGACCAAGUCCAGGCCAUCAACGUCCAGUCCACUAAGGAGCUCGCUCUCAUGUCUGCCGCUUCCCUACGCGACUACCGCCGUGUCGUGCCUUUCCACUUCCUCUCUGGCACUGAGGCCGCCACCAUCAAGCCUGCUUCCGACGGCUCCCAGGGCUACGUCGCCUCCAAGUGGGCAAGUGAACGCUUCCUCGAGAAGUACGCCAAUCAGCUGCACCUCCCCGUCCACAUCCACCGCCAACUGCCCGUGCCCGAGGGUCGUGAGGCCCAGGGCGAGGAGCUCGACCAGAUCCUCCAGGAGUUCGUCGAUGUUGCCGCCAAGAUGACCGAGCUGCCAAACUCGACCACCUGGGGUGGUCACUACGACCUGAUCCCCGUUGACCGUCUGUCUCGCGACAUUGUCGGCCACGCCUUCACAGCCCUGGCCUCGACUGACAACGAGCUCUCCAGCGGAAAUGUCAAGCAGUACUCGCACCUGAGCUCCGUCCGCAUGGACAUUGCCAAGGUUGUCGAGAGGCUGGGCUCGCUGCCCGAGUACGCCCAGAGCGAUCGGCCCAAGAUCCCGGCUCACGUCUGGGUCGGCAAGGCCAAGAUCGCUGGCUUCCGCUACCAGUUCAGCACCAUGAACAUGGUCCUGCAGGAUGCCGAGGGCAAGGGCCUCGCUACGCUAUCGCGGUAG